AUGGCACUCAAUCUGCUACGCAACCUUUUAGCUGAGAUCCGUCAAAGUCAAUGGUUUGCUCUCAUUUUUGAUGAAACAAGGGAUCAGAGUGGUCUAGGGCAACUCUGUAUUUCCAUUUGGUGGGCUGAUCAAUCAUAUACAGUUUCUGAAGACAUUAUUGGCAUGAUGGAAAUGCAGCAAACAGAUGCUCUUACAAUAUCGAAUGCAUUAAAAGAUGUUCUGCUUCGCUGUUCUCUCCCUCGUCAACAAUGUCGUGGCCGAUCAUAUGACGGAGCUUCCAACAUGGCUGGUCAUUUAUAUGGAGUAGCUGAGUGUUCAUGUAAGUGCUCAGCACUUAGAGAUGCUCUUGGUGUUACUCAAGAAUUAUAUAAUCUAAUAAGAGCUUCCCCAAAAUGGACGGUGCGUACAUCUGCUAUAGACUCUGUGGUUAAAAACUAUCUAGUUAUAGACACAGAACUUGAAGAAAUUGCUGAUGAAUGUCAUGGAGAACCAAGCAGGAAAGCAUCUGGCUUAAGGGCAGUUUUAGAAAAGUUUCAGACCUAUUUUGGUCUCAAACUUGCAUCUGUUUUUUUUAGUGCCACCGAGCAACUAUCAACAACUCUCCAGGGACACAGUAUAAACAUACAAGAGGCUAUAUCUGCUGCUGAGACAACAAAGAUGUGUCUGAACAGACAGCACUCUGAUUCUACUUUCACAUCUUAUGAUUUAGUCAUAAAAGACAGACAAACUUUUACUAAUGAGCCCACAGUACCAAGAAAACAGGGACACUUAUAUGCCUCACCAUCAGUAUACUAUCGUAUGCAGUAUUUUGAAGAACUUGACCUGUUAGUUGCUAAAAUAUCACGGAGGUUUGACCAGCCAGUGUUUAUCAUAAUGCAAGAAGUAGAAACCCUUUUAGUGAAAUCAUGUGCUGCCGUACCAGUCAAACCAAGUACAGCACUUCAAGCCAUGUAUAAAGAUGACAUCAAUUUUAACACUCUGGAAUUUCAAUUAAAGAUGUUGCCAGAUUUAAUUGAAACUGCAAACAAGCAGCAACAAAUGG